UUUGUGGACUUUGAUAUUCUGGGAACUACCAGAAGUCCAGAGUUUUGUGAUGUUAAAGAGCGUGGUGGAUUGUAACGUGUUAGAAGACUGGCUAGAUACGCGGGAGCUAAACCAUUUAGAGCCUUGAAUACAAACACAGACAGACUGGAAAAGCAGUGGUUAAGCAGGACAACAGGAUGAGGUGCCUCAGGGAUGUCUGUUUAGUCCUCUUGGCCUUUAUAUUUGCCUCCAGAGCGGAUAUACACAGAGAGCAAGCACUGAGGCUGAUGUCUGAGGCGCCACUGAUCGAUGGACACAAUGAUUUGCCAUGGCAACUGUGGAUGAAGUUUAACAAUCAGCUAAACACAGUGGAUCUGCACCAACUCAAUUCCACCCACACCAACAUAAAAAAAAUCAAAGACGGGCACUUGGCAGCACAGUUCUGGGCUGCAUAUGUCCCAUGUGACACUCAGUAUAAAGAUGCCGUUAGACACACCUUGGAGCAGAUUGAUAUUAUUCACAGAAUGUGUAACAAAUAUCCUGAGGACUUUAUGUUUGCCUCCAGCAGUCAAGACAUACUGGACGCCUUUGCCAACAAUAAGACAGCGAGCUUGAUUGGGGUGGAAGGAGGUCACUCAAUAGAUAGCAGUAUGGGAACUUUGCGCACUAUGUAUCAGCUGGGUGUCCGUUAUCUGACCCUCACACAUAGCUGCAAUACACCCUGGGUGGAUAACUGGAUGGUGGACACAGGCUCAGAUCCUGUGGAGCACAAUGGCCUGAGUGAGUUUGGCAAGCGUCUGAUUGCUGAAAUGAACCGCAUGGGCAUGCUGGUAGACCUGGCUCACGUGUCGGAACAGGUGAUGAACGAAGUGCUGGAGAUCUCCCAAGCCCCCAUCAUCUUCAGCCACUCUUCUGCCUAUAGCAUCUGUCCUCACAAAAGAAAUGUCCCAGAUCACAUCCUGGAGAAAGUGAGAGACAAAAACGGGAUUGUCAUGGUGAACUUCUAUAAUGACUACGUCACAUGUAGCCCACAGGCCAGCCUCUCGCAUGUGGCAGAUCACUUUGACCACAUCAAGAAAAUUGCUGGCUCCAGCAGUGUGGGGUUUGGUGGCGAUUAUGACGGGGUGACCAGGGUACCAACUGGUCUGGAGGAUGUUUCCAAGUAUCCCGACCUGGUAGCAGAACUGCUGAAACGCGGCUGGACAGACGACGAGGUCAAAGAUGCUCUAGGAAGGAACCUGAUACGCGUGUUCAAAGCUGUUGAAACGGUACGAGACAGCCUGAAGACCAAGAGUCCUGACGACGUUCCCAUCCCUCUGGGGCAAGUCCAGAACCCUUGCAGAACAGAUUAUGGCUAUCCAGUUCAGCCCAAUGCUGCAGCCGUGCCAUCUCACCGCUUAUACAUUUUAUUAACUCUGAUCUUAUUCUUGCUGAUUACCAAGUUUAUGUAACUGUAUGUACAAAAAGAGUUCAUUUACGGGCAUUUAAUUGUGAAGAACCCCUUUCUGAUGAAUUAAAAAUGCAAUAGCAGUAAGACGAAUAAAUAAAUUUGUAGAACAUAUCUGGAACUCAGCCUCAACAAAUCUGUUAUCAGCCUUUAUUGAGACACCCAUUUAAUAUUUACUUUAAGCUGUACUUUUUUUUUAUUCUAGUACCAUCUUUAGCUCAAUCAACAUACAGACGUUUGCUUGGUAAAUCUUUAAAACUGAUAAUACUGUUUGCUUUUUUUUUUUGUUGUGAGUUAAACUGCAUCGUCCUGAGCUUCACAGCUCAGAUUGUGGCAAGCGAAAGAUAAACAUCUAGGAAUCCAUGCGGUUUUCCUACUUUGUAGCUUGAAAGCAUGGAGUUGUUUUAAGUUCUGAUGUCUUACUCCUGAGGUAAACUGACAUCAUAUCAAAGCAGCCUUUGUGAAACCUAACACUAACAAAUGUUUCAGGCUACUUUGCCUUCUUUGUUUUGUCCUUAAGGCUAUGCAAACAUACUGUACAAUGUCACCUAGCAGAGGGCAGGAUGACAGUGUUAGUUUAGAUUUAAAUAGCAGGAAGUAUUCUAGUCUGAAAUGCAAUGCAAGAAAGUUCUUUACUAAAUAUUUCACUAAGAAUAAUUAAGAUGUAAUGUCUUCCCUCUGAUUAAAACCUCAUGUUAAAGAUCUAAGACGUAAAGUCUGUUUUACUUCACAUAAUCAUCGUAGGUCCUGAAAUUUUCCUCUUCAAUUUUUCAUGAAAUUUUAUUUUAUAUAUCUCUAUGUAAUAUAAAUAUAUUUCGAUUAUUUUAUAUAUAUAAAAUACUCAAAUAAAUAUAUGGAGAAAAAACUGAGCAUGUAAUAAA